AUGGCUAAGAACUCCCUGGUGCCGACUGUAAAGCUCAACGACGGGACUAAGAUUCCCAGUAUCGCGUUCGGGACGGGUAGCAAACUCAAGUUCACAGACGUCACUCAAUACGUCCAGAACGCCCUCGAAGCCGGCUUCUCGCACAUUGAUACGGCGGCUUUCUAUGAUACCGAGCAGUAUGUAGCAACGGCGUUGCGCGAGUCUGGUCUCUCUCGUAACGACAUCUACAUCACCACAAAGUUCGACGGGGGCGACAUCGCGACUGAGGCGCGCAAGAGUAUUGAGAAGCUUGGUGUGAAGUAUGUCGACUUGUACCUUAUCCAUGGCCCAACCUUUGCGCCGGAUGUCGGUAAGGCAUGGCGCGAGUUCGAGGCCAUUCACAAAGAGGGCAUUGUCAAGAGUAUUGGUGUAUCCAAUUUCCGUCUUGAACACUUGCAGCAGGCUAUCGAUGCCGCGACGGUACUACCCACGGUGAACCAGAUCAACUUCAGCCCGUACAACUACGCGUCUUGGAAGGACGUGCUUGAACUGGCCGCGAAGCACAACAUCGUCAUCGAAGCGUACAGCAGUCUCUCGCCUAUCACCGCUUUCCCCGGCGGACCCCUUGAUCCGGUAUUGGACCGUAUUGCUGCUCGCAUCGGCGGUACGCCCGCACAGGUGAUCUUCAAGUGGGUAUUGUCGAAGGGGGCGGUUGUCGUCACAACGAGCACGAAGCGCGAGCGUCUAGACGAAUACCUCGCCACACCCUCUCUACCUGAUCUUACAGUGGAGGAGAUCGCCGAGAUUGAGGCGGCAGGCGCCAAGGGACCUCCGUCGCGCUUCAACCCGCUCGUCCAAAUCCGCCGUGUCAUGCGUCGUGGUGCUCACGCGCUCACUGCCGCUGCUAUCAUCUUCCUGAAUGUCUGCAUGGCAUAUAUGAUCUUCCGUUGGCUGCAAGCCGUGUUCCACUUGUACUAG